GUGAAUGGAAGGGAAAUUAUUUGAAAUUCUUGGAUAUAGCUAAUGAAAUCGAAGAUGGAACAAUCACGAAAAAGGAAAUCAUGAAGUGAAUAUAACAUUAUUAUUCAACAAAAAAAGAAAAUUAAAUACGUACGUACGGUACGCACGUAACAAGAAUAUACAACAAAAAUGUCAAUAACAACAAUGCAAACAGAAGGAACAAUAUCAACACAAGAAAUAUUCACAACAACAAUAACAACAACAGCAGCCUCAACAUCUACGUCAUCACAUCAAAGUACUCUUCACCAAACAGAAACAACAAAAAUAACGUCAACAAUUAUUUCCAGAAUUCGUGUCACAACUCCAACUCAUCCGUUUUUCAUCCACACACCACCCAAUAAACGUCCAACAGUGUAUAUAUAUCCCACAGUAUCACCCGAAUCAAUAGUUGUACCAAUUGUAUCAUGUAUAUUAGGAUUGCCAUUAUUAGCAUUAUUAAUAAUAUGCUGUUUACGUCGACGUGCUAAAAUGGCAAGGGAUCGUGCACGACGUAGAAAUUAUGAAUUGGAACAUGGUACAUUAUCAUUGGUUGGCUUAAGUCCAAUACAUCCAAGUGGGAGAUCCCAAGCGAUUUCACUUCGUUCUGAACGUGCUAUGAGUCGAGGGUUUCCAUCGUUAGAAUUAGACACAGUGGUUGAAGAACGAUCAGAUGCUGAACCAGAAGGUACAUCAAUCGAAUUAAUGACUCCAGAACGUGAAUCAGAUGGUAUUAUAAACGGUAAACUAGGCAGAAAAAGUUAGCGUGGAGCGCGAGCGGUCGUCGUUAGUGCUGAUCGCUCGCCAUUAUGGACAGCCCUCACACAUGCACACACUAUUGGUCAAAUUGUUGAUGAAAAUACAAAUAGUUGACCAAGUAUAGAAGAUAUACUUUAAAAUAUAUGAUAUUUCAUUUAUUCAACCAACGUCUAUCGAUUAUAUGAAUGACAUUUAUCGAUAUUUUUGUUUUUGUCCUUUCUUUUGUUCAGGUAUCUAACAAGAUUUCAAGAAAAUUUAAAAUAUAGAAGAAUAGAAAAAUCAUGUGUAGCUGCUCACGUUAUCGUUAUGAUUAUAAAAUAGACAAAUCGAACUUAAAACUUCUAAAAUCAGUACCCAAUCCUACCGAAUAAGACGGGACUUAUUCCAAAUUCGGAAUUUAAUUAAAUAGCAAAAUCAAAAUUGAUUUUCUAGAAUUGAUGCAG